AGUGUCAUCAAGACAACAUAAUUUGGCAACGAUGUUUACACAAUAACUCAAAAUUUUCAAGAAACAUAAUCAUAAUUUGUAAAUUUACAUUUAAUUGAAAGGAAAGCUUUAAUUACAUUAGUAUCAGAUCAAGAUUUUAAUAAAGUUAACACUUAGGGAAGAUCUCCAAACACUUUAAAGUGAUUGAAACUUAAUCGUAAACAUGGGCAGAUUUAAAUAGCAGAUUAAGAUAAAGUUGUGUAGUACUAGUCCGUGCACGAAUCGUACAAUGUCCCACUCAAAGUUGUCAUCUCAAGAUUUUAUUAAGAACACAUUCACUCCACAAAUUGCCGUUUUGUGCAGCCCCGCAGUGGAUAGCAUAUGUCAGAAGAACAACCUAUCGUUUACAGAACUGGUGCAACCUUUCUGCAAGCUUAAUUCGGAUGUUUAUCUACAAGACACAAAUGGAGGAGUAUUGACAAUUCAUAACUUAAAAAUAUCAUUGUUAGACGUGAACUUUAGACCACCUCAGCCGACGCUAGCGAGAAAGUUCCUGAAUGCCUGCGUUAGCCAGUCCGUGGAGCCGAGGACACAAAAAUACCAAAUAGGGAAAUAUAAUUUAGACGUGCCUACUUCGACUUCAUGGUUCGAAUCUUGGCGCGAUACCUUCUUGCAAGUGCAGUUCCCAUCUGACCAUGAGUUCACCAAACACUUCCUAGCGUGCAUAUUAGUCGCCGCCUCGAACGAAGUUAAUCCUGUUGACACCAUGACGAGGCACAAUCAGACUCUUAGUCAAAUUCAAAACAUCAUUCCUAACAAACUACCGAAAUGGUUUCAUUCCAAUGUACUGCGGUAUUAUCUUAUUGUACACGAUAAUACGACUGGUGAUAGCGAUAAAGCGACUCAAACUUUAGAAGCAUUGAAAGUAUCCUACGGGCUUAGCAAUUGCUUUUUACUACGAAUGAAUUCGAGACCGCCCGAACAUACUAACGAACAAUUGCCCGAUCCUUGGAGUCAGUACGUUUCAAGUACUUUUGAGGUUGAUAGCGUUCAAUCAAGCGGCGAAAACUCACCUUAUGGUUCUAGAACACAGUUAGCUUUUUCGGAAAAUGGUUUCGGUACCUCUUGCGGUAGUAGUACCUUGCCUUACCACCCACUGAGUCCGGAUACUGAAUGUCAAAAUUUGAGCGAAUCGCUUGAGAGAGCUCCUAUCGUACCUUCUUAUAGAACACAUGGUAUGUGUUUGACAACGGAGGAUGUUGAGCAAAUAAAGUUGUUCAUCCACGAGUUUUGUACGCGCGCACUCUUACCUGACACCGAAAGACAGAUACAGUUUUUGACGGACAGUGUUCUGAACAAAAAAGGUGUCAGCAAGUCGUUGUUUAGUGCAACUAAAAGAUGGUUCACUCCCAAUAAAGGUGCUACUAAUACUAACGGGAGUAUACAAAUGUACGCUCCUGACUCGCCAGAAUUGAUUAUGCGCAAAUUGGGAGAUCUUUACUUUAUGUUUGGUCACUACAACAUGGCGUUCCAAGUGUACCACACGGCGAAAAGAGAUUUUAAUUCUGAUCAGGCGUGGUUUUAUUACGCCGGCGCCUUAGAGAUGGCCAGCUUAGCGGCGUAUAUGGCGAACGAGUCGACUAGGAAAACAUUGGAUUAUAUGGAAGAAAGCAUUGUCACAUACCUAAACGUUUGCAAAAUGGGCCAGUUUGCGACUCGCGCCACUCUUCUAAGUUCGGAAUGCCUGAAAGGUAAAAACUUACACGGCGAAGCGGCUCAUCAGCUAAUCCGUAUGACGAGCGAGGAGUCGGAUUUACGUUCGGCGCUGCUAUUGGAACAGGCCGCGUAUAACUUUUUAAGUUGUACGCGACCGCAAAUGGUUCGUAAAUACGCAUUCCACAUGGUGUUGGCGGGCCAUCGGUUUUCCAAAGCGUCGCAGAAGAAACACGCGUUGCGAUGCUAUAAGCAGGCGUUGCAGGUUUACGAAAAUAAAAGCUGGAGCUUUGCGGAAGACCACGUCCAUUAUACUAUCGGAAAAUUGUCGAGCGCAUUAAAUGUGCUAGACGAAGCAGCUCAUUCAUUUUCGAUGUUAAUGACGAUCCAAAGCAAGCAGUCAAAGGAGCAGCAACUGUUAUUCUUGAAAGAGUACCUUUCCAGUCAAAGGUCGCUGGCAAUGAGUCAAUCGGAAAAUAAUAAGGUGACCUUAGUUCUCCCAAUCUUGCAAUCGGAGUCUACAAAAAUUUUAGUCGGACCAAGUCCUCCGUUAUCAAUUCCAGCACGGGUUGCUGCGGUUGAUAUAUCAUUGCAGACACCUAACCAUAGUGUAACCGUACAGAAGUGGAAUAAAUUAGAGGAAAUGCUAGUGCAAGAGGCGCAGGGAUCGUUACCGAUGAUUUUUAGGCCGGUCGUAGUUCUUUAUUCGAUAAACAAUAUUAAUAACGCAAAUAUAAUCGCGAUAGUAAACGAACCAGUGCAAGUGUUUUUAAAGUUAUAUAAUCCACUCUCCGUAACGUUACACUUAACUGACUUGUGCUUGUAUUGGAACUUGAAAACAUCGAACGGCAACGUUUUAUCGAACGAAUCAAGUCACACAGUAGCCAGCAGCUAUUUGAAAACCAACGUGAUUAAAUCGCUUUCAUUCGAAAGUACGAACUCACGCGAGUUGAUAUUGUCUGUUGUGCCAUUAGUAACCGGAGAUUUGUUUAUAAAAGGUUUGUUUUAUACCAUAGUGAAUGUCGAACCAUCCGGCGAAGAGAUUUCGGUUAGCGGUAAACAAUUGCUGGAUUUAAAUAAGCUAGGGUAUAUAAGUAAGGAAACGCAAAAGCGCGAAGUCGAAGAUCUAGGUUUACCCAUCUCAGUUAUGCCACCGGCUCCAUGUCUUCAGGUUACGUUUAGCGAAAUUAAUACACAAAUGUUAUGUGAUCAAAUCCAUCGAGUGUCGAUUGAAAUCAGAAACAUUGGUAGUGAACCGAUUCACAAGCUUCUCAUGGGUACAUCGACGCCGACUCUUCUAUCAAUGUGCGAGUUUGAAAAUAUCAAAACUAACGAUUACAGAGAGCUUGAGGAUUCGGAAACGCCGGCAGUAAGAGAACGAGAGGCUAGAAAAAAUCACGUGACUCAGAUAUCCUUGCCCAACGGUCAAUUGGAGGCGGGCCGUUCGUUAUCGAUUAAUAUAUGGCUAAAAGCGCCGAGCGCGAAGGGCUCCGUUCCCGUAGAUUUAUUACUAUAUUAUGAAAACUGUGAUCGUAUGUGUAAUCCGAAGUAUAGGUUAAUUAGGCACGAAUGGAAUUUAGUGGUACACGAAUGUCUUGCGAUAGAUCUCAUGUUAACCGAAGGUUGCAAGUCUGAGAAGUUUAAAGAGCUACUUUUCGCUGCGAAGUUGAUCAAUAUGAAUAAAUUUCAUUAUAAUGUAUGCGUGGAUAUUAUGAUCACUAAGGCCGCAUUUUUAAGCUCACUUUGGGGAUUAGAGUUCGUAGGGAAUAGCAAUUAUUUUAUAAAUAUUCAAUCACAACAAGCAGCGUACGCUAUAUUAAGAGCUCGUCGUCACAUGACACCAGUGAGAACUUAUCACGAAGUAGUGUUGAGUAAUACGGAAGGGAAAUCGAAUAUGGCUUACUUAGAUUUUGCGGAACGUACCGAUCAGGUUAGAAUAAAUGCCUUUGAGGAUGAAGAGCAAAUUACUAAACCCAAGGAGAAGGAGGGUAUACUGUUCUUCGAAUGGACUGCAAAUUUUACGGAUCAUACAGGAAGCCGGCAAAAAGUAAACGGGCAGAGUUCUAUAGAGAUUGAAAAACUACAGGUGGAAGAGGAAAGUGAUCAAGGUGAUAGUGGAGUGGUUAUUCUUUAUGAUCCGAUAAAGUCUUCGGGGGAUUCUCAGCUGUUGGGGGGCGAGAGUGAACCGUCUGAGGAGUUGAAAGCUCAGGUGUCGAUGUGCAUUUUUAAUACCACGCACGUUUCUCAUAAUUUCGAUAGUAGUCAAAUAUGUAUUGUUCCAGUUCAAAUUUCCUUACACAAUGACUCACAUUUGACGUCUUUAGUUACUAUCAACACAUCAGGUGUAACCAGUGAGUCACCGCCCCAGUCAGUUAGACCUAAUGUAUUCCAUCAAUUCCCUUCUAAAGAAUUCCGAUGGGUCGGUUUUAGUGGAACCGUUAAAACUAUUGCUCCGAAGAGUUCCGAAGUUGUUAUACUACACGUUGCCGUGUCGUUUCCUGGCGUUUACGAUUUGGGACGGCGAUUAGAACAUUGGUGUCAAAAUGAAUUAUAUCACGAACCCGUAUUACAAAUUUUAAAGGCAUUGUGUUUUCUUACUGUGUCAAAUACUAACGAUUGACAUUAAAUAUAGUUAUGUACAUUAAUUGAUAAAUUAACCUGUUAUACAUAUUCUGUUUUGUUGUCCUUGUAAUGUUAAUACAUUUUACACAUAUUA